GCAGUGUGCUCCACGAGGGAAGCACUCAAACCCUGAAUUUUCAGUCUGGCUUGCACAUGGUGUCAGAAGCUGGUGGGAGACAGUUUGCUUUUUAAUGCAGGAAAGAAGACGAGCGUUUGCUGACCUGUAGACUGAGUUUCUUGGGAAGAAAAUGAAGAGUACUGCCAGGCCUUGGAGUGCAGUGCCAAAGCAAGGGAGUCAUGGGGUUGACAGAGGAAAACCACUUUCCACCACCCCCACAGGAAUGAAGACAUCCAAGUCCUCGACUUCGCUUGCCUUUGAAUCUCGGCUCAGCAAGCUGAAGAGGGCAAGCAGUGAUGAUAUGCUGACAAAACCAGGGGCAGCAGCAGCUUCUGGAGUCUCCAGACUGAGGAAGACCAUUACGACAGGAGCCAUUUCGGAGCUUGCAGAGAGUCGGCUGAAGCCCUGCACAGGAGCAGUUUCAACUGUGAAGCGCACAGGGAUUCCAGCACCCCGGGAAAUAUCAUCCUCUGUAUCCCGAGAGCGAGCCGUGCUGCGUGGUCAAGCCAACACAAGGAAAACACAGCCCAGUCCCACCUCGUCUGGGGCACCAACUCCUACCAAACACGUGCGCCCCGCCAGCAAGUCCAAGCAGGAGAAUGAAAGCGGUGACAAGGCCGUGCUGGAAUCUCAGGUUAAGGAACUCCUGGCAGAAGCAAAGACAAAAGACUCGGAAAUCACCAAACUCCGCUGCGAACUGAAGAAAUGCAAAGAGAAAGGGUCACUGCAUGCCGAGGGAAUGGGAGCUUCCAACCAAAAUCUAGAGGCAGUGUCACCUGUCGACAUCGAUCCGUUGAUAAGGACCCUCCAGGAGAAGAACAGGACUUUCCAGCAGGAGCUAGCCAGCCUGGGCGAGGAAAACCGUGUGCUGAAAGAGAAAUUGCUCUACCUAGAGAACUCUCCCCUCUCAGACACGACAACAACGAGCAGUGGAGGGAACAGCAGCCUCCCGACCCCAACUACCCAAGAGUCCAGUUUUGGAAGCCCAUCAAAAAAGGCGUCUAGAGGUGAAAUGGCCGAGCAGAGGCAGCGCUCGGGCGGGGGUGUGCUGCGCAAUUCGGGUUCUUCCAGCAGCGAUGUGACUAAAGCCUCCUUGUCACCCGACGCCUCUGACUUUGAGCACAUAGCUGAUGUACCUUCCAGGCCAGCAUCCUCCAACAGCAACCACUUCAAAGGUUCCAAGUGCUCCACUACAGGAAGUUCUCCAAACAACAUUAGUGACCUUUCUGUGGCAUCUCUUACAGAGAGGAUACAAAAAAUGGAGGAGAAUCACCACAGCACAGCGGAGGAGUUGCAAGCCACUUUGCAGGAGCUGUCAGAUCAACAGCAAAUGGUGCAGGAGCUGACAACAGAAAAUGAGAAGCUAGUGGAAGAGAAAGCUCUCCUGGAGACUUCCUUUCGUCAGCACAGGGAUAGAGCAGAACAGCUGAGCCAAGAAAAUGAGAAGCUAAUGACUCUGCUCCAAGAGAGAUCCAAGAAUGAAGACAGCAGAACUCAGGAAGAGAAGGUUCUGGAACUGGAGCAGAAGUGUGCUGAAGUUCUUGAAAAAGCACAGUUUGAAAGAGAGAAAUUGCUCAACAUUCAGCAACAGUUAACCAGCAGCCUACGAAGUUUAGAAAGGGAGCAUCAAGAUGCCCAGCAGGUGAUUAAAAGCUUGAGAGAAGAAAAUGAGAAGCUGCUGAAACUUCUAGAAGGGGAACAGCAGAGCAACAGCACAGUGACAAAAACUCUGGAGGACUGUAAAAUGGCCUUAGAAGGUUUAAAAAUUGAGAAUAGCUCUCUCAGAACUCAGCUGGAGAGUGAGAAACAAAAGGCUGCAGAAAUCAAUGUGAUGGGGUGCACUGCUGACAACUCUGAGGUGCAAGAGAUGCUGAAGGUCGCUCGUGCGGAGAAGGAUCAGUUGGAAGCGUCUUGCACUGAGCUCAAACAAGAGCUGCUGAAGGCAAACAGUGAACUGAAGCACAUCCAGGGGCUGCUAUCUAAGGCUGAGAAUGAGUGUGGUCAGCUGAAGGAGGUGUGUGACCGGCAGGCUGAGCAGCUGAGCAGAGCCAGCCAGAAGCUGCAGGAAAAGACAUCAGAGAAUGAAGCAGAUAUAAAAAACCUGAAAGAGACCAUUUUUGAGUUGGAGGACCAGGUGGAACAACAUCGUGCUAUAAAACUUCACAAUAACCAGCUCAUCAGUGACCUAGAAAGUAAAGCAGUGAAGCUGGAAGAACAGAAACAAGAAACAGAGAGGCAGCUGAAAGCUCUGACUAAGCAAAUGAAGGAAGACACUGAGGAGUGGAGGCGUUUUCAGGCCGAUCUGCAGACUGCAGUGGUUGUAGCCAAUGAUAUUAAGUGUGAAGCCCAGCAGGAGCUCCGUGUGGUGAAGAGGAAGCUUCAGGAGGAAGAGGAGAAGAGUGCCAGACUGCAGAAGGAGCUGGAUGAAGUGAAGGGCAGCAACAGGCUGACAACUGAAGAGGUGGACUCUCUAGAGGCUGAUACGACCAACCGCUGGCAAGGAGUCUGCAUUAGCAGAGCAUCUCCCACCCCCUCAGAAUCUGCUGCCACUGUGAAGUCCCUGAUAAAGUCAUUUGACUUGGGAUGCUCAGGUAGCACUGGACAAAAUAUCACAGUUCACAAGGUCCCCAGGAGCCCUCUAAGUGGAAUUCCAGUGAGGACAGCCCCAGCAGCUGCUGUUUCCCCCAUGCAGAGACAUUCUGUUUAUAACAACACCAAGCCAGCCAGCAAGGGUGUUGCCAGGCACACAGAUCUUUCAGACCUUCCUCUUGCAGACCUUCUGAAGGGGAGGAAUGAGGAGCUGAAACCAGACCAUUACCUCCGUAAAAGCCCCUCCCUGGAAUCCCUCAGCAAACCCCCUAUGGCCUUCAGCAGCAGAAUGCUUACCUCUACCCCCAGCAGCUUGAAACCCCAAAGCAAACUCAGUGUGGAGAGAAAGGACCCACUGGCAGCCCUGGCUCGGGAGUAUGGCGGUUCGAAGAGGAACGCUCUGUUGAAAUGGUGUCAAAAGAAGACUGAAGGUUACCAGAAUAUUGAUAUUACCAACUUCAGCAGCAGCUGGAGUGAUGGGCUGGCCUUCUGUGCUCUCCUGCACACCUAUUUGCCUGCACAUAUUCCUUACCAGGAGCUCAACAGCCAGGAUAAGAAGAGAAAUCUGCUGUUAGCCUUUCAAGCUGCUGAAAGCGUAGGCAUCAAACCCAGCCUGGAGCUCAGUGAGAUGAUGUACACAGACCGGCCGGACUGGCAGAGCGUGAUGCAGUAUGUCGCCCAGAUCUACAAGUACUUUGAGACCUGAGGUGCAGAGCAAGAGGUGGACAGAAGUGGGGAAGAGAACUAAGAAUGCUACAGAUGCACUCGAUCACUUUAAAAAUCCGCUUGCUCCUCUUCCACAGCCAACCUAAGCUCUUAGUUUGAAAGAAAGCUCUUCCAUGAUUUUGAUUACAUCUGGGACUGCAACCAAAUCAAUCUCCGUUGUCCAUCUCUGCAAACCAAAUUCAUCUCUGAUUUUAUUCCCACAUGGAAAUUGUGAAGCAUUUUUGACGGUGUGUGGGAUAUUUCUGAAGAGGAUCCUUGUUUGCCUCAUGCCAGACUCCACCAACAGAAGACCUGCUACAGAAUGAAGUUCUAAAUCAAUGUGGACUAUGUUGGCACUCAAGGGAGGCUGGGAGAUGAAUAUAAAAGCUCUCAAAAAUGCUCUUCUUGCCAAAACAUGCUUAACUCAUCCCAAAUAGCUGUUGUUUUUCUUGUCUCCUUAUGUUUUAUAAAACAUCAGGACAGAUGCACUUAAGUCUGUAGAACCUUCACCUGACUUACUUUCACACAUCUGACCCAGUAAGUGCACUCGUUUGCUUGUGAUAGCUUAUCCAGCAAGAUAGCAACAGGAUCAUUUGUAGCUCAGAAACCACACUCUGUUCCAUCACCAGUUAGUGAAAGAACUUUUAAAAAGUCCUGUUAGGUGCUGGGACGUCAUUACAGAUCAAACAGGAGUCAUCUCUUUGCGGAAAAAUAGGUGUAUUACUUCAGCUUCGUUACUUGAUUACUGCAGGAAGCCGGAGCUUGGUUUCCCAGCUGACUGUGCAGGCACAGCUCUCACAGGAAUAUUGCAAAUGCAGUUUACAAGCUUUAGUUUGCAAGGUGCCAGCAGUUAGGUGAUGACUCCAAGCAAUACAGUGACAGCUCUCUGUGGCUGGAGUGGGGAAACUUCUUUGUUCUGUGUUGGUGCUCUCUGAUCGGCAUGGAUAUGUAGUUGCUGUGCAGAGUCAGCCCGUGCCCUGUCCGAUAAAGAAUAGUCCACAGGGCACUGAUAGAUGCUUGGAAGUGAUGUUACCCUGUAAAGGAACACAGUGAUAUGUUACUACCAAUGGAAGAUGCAGCUUUGCUCCACAAGCUGCAGAGAGUGUACCUGGAACCCUUCUCUGAGUCCUGGAAAUCUCUCAGGCGCCAGAGAAUAGCUUUACAGCUCAAUAAUACUGUUAGUAAAACGUCUACUGGAUACUGUUUAAUUUCCAUUAUACUGUUUCUCUUAUUUCACCUCGUGAAGUUGUCUUCAAGAGCAGCAGGAUCAAACAGGCUGCUUGAUUUCUUCUAGGAGCAGGUCUUGGAGAGCAGGCUUUGUCCAGGACCUCAUAGAGGGCUGCCUAGCUGCUUUGGAUUAUGGUGGUAGCAGAAAGUGGUUGUUUAGUGAGCAUGUUCAACCCUGUGUCCAGACUUGAUGCUUUGUGAAUGUAUAUUAUAGGGUGGUAGGAAUUGUUUUUGUCUUAAAAAUAAUAAUGAUGUGUGCUGGCUGCUCCUACCUCCUGCAAAAGAGCUCCUGGAAUAGAAGCAAACAAUUCCACAGGAGAAGCUUGAUUUCAGGUUUUCUGGGGCUUUGCAGGUGGCUGAUCUCAGUCUCUGGCUUCUCCACAGUGCUUUGUUGUGCUUAUUUGGGGUUUUUUAAUAAUAUUUAAUGAGUAAACAACUUGAGUUAGACUUUGGUUUUCACCCAGCAAAGCACAGGACUAGGGGGUAGGUGACAGUGGCCGAGGGCAGCGAGCAUAUUGAGCAGAAAGGCAGUUGGAAGAAUGCAGUGUAUGCCUAGUUCACAGGAGGAGGAAAGCAUCACUUGCUCUUAGUUUCAGUCUGACAUUGAUUCUAACCCAGCACCCCUAGGGAAAGCUGAUUCCAGUCUUUUCAGACUGUGUGGCGUGCGCUUACAGUGCCCUCGCACUCUCUUGUGUCAUCCUGUCCUGUGAGAAUGCAGUUGUCAGUGGUGGCCACAGUUAUUUCUUUGCAAGAGAGCUCUUUCUAGAUGGAAUUAACUCUCCAGUAGUUUUCAGCAUACACUCUGCUAUCCCUAGAGAGCAGAGGAUGGGUUGGUGUAAGUGUUCUCAGUUCCAAGUCUCCUGUUAUGUGGUAAGAUGGAAGAGGAAAAUAGCUGCCAGCAGAGUCCACUUCGGAAGGCGGUCACACUGCAGAGCUCUCUCCCCUUGUGGCUGCAGGCUCUUUUCCCUCGAGGUAUCCUUGGCAGAGAUCCCAAUUCUCUCCAACAGGCUGUAGUUCAAAGCCUAGUGAAGUCAACACAAAAAAAUUCCAUAUUCCUCAGUGGGCUUUGGACUGGGCACUUGCAGGGAUGAGAAAAACUUGUUUUAAUUCCCAGCGUCUGGUAAACAUUUCAAGUCAGAGAGCUUUGCUUGAUCUGAAAAGGAAAGAUAAUCUUAACCCUCUGGUCACUGGACGUGUGUGUUCCAUGUGCCUGUCAGCUCUACACUACAUAUCUGUUAGCUAAUGUGUCAGUGGCACUUGCUUCAAGCACUGCUCUGACAUUUAUUCUAACGUGUUUCUCCAGGGCUUGCUCUAACCUCACAAAGCAUUGGCCUAGCAGCUGCUUUUUUUGCAAAGCAAUGUUUCUGUCAUCUGUUUGCAGUGGAUUCUCCCCUGCCCUCCCCCCCCAGCAGCACAGACCAAACACUAACUCUACCCGGUCCUAAUGCUGUUCCUUCUCCAGGAGUUACAGCAGGGAGCUGUUGGUGGGGAAGAUGCUGCCCAGUUUCACCACUUGCUCGGUGUUACUUUUCAGACCUGCAGAACAUCUCAUUCUGGUACUUUGAGACUGGGAGAUGCCCUCCCAGAUAGUUUUUUGAGAUGAAGCAUAUUUGGUUUGCUCAUUUGACUGUUACUUUGUCUUUUUCCUGCCUGCUGAACCUUGCCCAGUUACAUUUCUAGACCUAAAUUUUCAGCAAUUGCUGCUGCUUUUUGGGUUUGGUGUGAAAUUGGUUUUUAAUGUGAAAUUAAAUUUGUCCCACACAAGCUGCUGCAGACCAGCCUGAUUUACAGCAGAUCUGCAGGCCCUUGUAAGAGAUCUGGAAUUAGAACUGCAAAGUUAAAGUUCUAACUGCCUUUAAAGUUAGGAAGUUUGUUCAGGAAGUUGAGCUAGAGGACACAGGGGUGGUCUUCAUGGAGAGUCCUCUGAAAAUGUCCUGGAGUGACACAUGGGAUGAUGUGACGUGGGUGAUAUAGUGUGCUGGGUCAGUAUCAGUUUGCCUGAACUGCCUAAAUCUAGUCUGACUUUGCCUCUAAGGAGAAAUGGAUCUUCCCCUGACGCAGGCAGAUGAAAUCUCAACAUUGUGUCCCCAUAUGCUCCCUAAGCGUCCAGUUGCUCGGAAGCACAGCUGCACAUGCUUGUCUGUGUGCACUUGGCCAGUCUGUUGGACUACAAGGAACCAAAGAGCUGGUUUUGGAUGAGCAAGUGAGAAGGAUGAGUAGGAUGAGGACCUCAGUGGAGUUCCAUGGAGGGGUAUUGCGUGUGGCUGUUGGACUAGAGCUGUUAGAGAGAAGAGGCUGAAGUGCGACAUGUAUACAACCUGACUCCCAGGUGUUCUGGUCGGUCGUGGGAGGUAUAUAUUGCUUUGUGGCUUGGGAAGGUACAGAGGUGGUGAGAAGUGAGCCCAGAGUCAGCCCUCUAAGAAGGUUUUCUGGACAGCCUGACAAGCUGUGUCUGAAAGUAUGCAGUGAAACUGGGAAGAGAGAAAGUCCAAUGUGUGAGGAGAGGGGCAGCCGUGGGACAUAGGCACCUGGGCCUUUGUGGGCAGCCAAGGACAGCAGCCUGAGAGUCCUUACUGACUGUCAUCUCAAAUGACGUUUGUCCUAGGAGGGAGUGCAGCCUGGGGUAGGUCUUAGAAGAUGAGGAUGGAAGAGAGCACAGAGCCUGCUGCCUCUGCCAGAUUCCCCUUCCUGUGCCAGUCACGGAAACGCAAAGGGGACGAAGAUGCCUGUGCUGCAGCAGGGCAGCUGUGCUGAGUGGGGUCAUUCGUGGCUUGUGCACGUUCUCCAGUUUCAUCUCAGUGAGACACCUUCCCUGAGUUCUGGCAGGUGUUCUCUUUGUCCUUUGAAGUUGUUUCUUGCAUGUUUUCUCUGUAGUCUUUCCUGUCCCAUGUGAGUUUUCUGUCCAAACCAAACAGGUGCAUGCUGGCUGAAGGAUUGGUUCUUCCAUGUUUCAUCUCUGACCUGGUAAUCUUCACAAUCUACCUUUUUCGCUUUGCUGACUUUCUCCUUUCCUCAGCAAUGCAAACAGGGGGAUUGGCUCAUUCAUCUCUUCGUACCUCCCUCAUCAUUCCAUGUUUGUGGUACCAGGUCUUCCAGCAGGAAGAAUCUGUUUGGGCCAGCUGUUUGCAGAGCUGUGCCUUGUGUAUCCGAUCAAAGGCAUAGCCUGUAUGGGAUGAGAUUAUGCAUUUUGCUGUCAGAAGAGGGCUUUUGCCUAAAAAAGACUCAGGGCACUGAGCAUUAAGGCAUUUAUAAACCCAGCAAUAACUACUUCUAUGCUUAGACUUUAUUGUUUUUUACCAACUCCAGUGCCAUUUAGACUCACUCACCAGUAGGGUGUAGGAUCAAGCUUAUGACUGAACUGCAGUUAACACUUUUCGCAGCUGCUGGUCUCCACGUUUUUAACUCUCACAUGUGCCAAGCUCCACUGGGCAGUGCUGGACACAAUGCACUUACUGACCAUUGGUCCAGCCUUGAGUUUGUUGCUUGGGAUAAUCACCUCUAACAGUCAAGUACUUUUAGCUUUCUCUCUUGGGUACAGGUGGUGCACCCUGAUCUAAUUUAUACAAAGAGCACAGUAGGAUGUAUAUAGUAGGCAUUGCCAGGUUUGGACAUGCUAAUAUUUAAAGAUUAACAUUAUUAAAAUGUAUGAUGCAGAAAUCUGUGUAAUAUUUCUAAUAAAUCUUUUUCUGUUUCUGA